AUGAAUGGUACCAACGCCUCAAAAACUAUUGAAAAAUUACGUACAUGCUUUGCCGCAUAUGGAGUUCCGGAGAACAUCAUCACAGACGGAGGACCGCCUUUUAGGUCAGAAGAAUUUGAAAGUUUUUUGAGAUUCAAUGGAAUAAAUCACAUUUUCUCCCCUCCAUAUCAUCCGGCGAGUAACGGCCAAGCAGAGUCUAUGGUGGGUACUUUUAAAACAUCUCUCUUAAAGCAAGUACUCCAAGACAACCUCAAGGGCCAAAAUCGGACUUUGCAGCACAAACUGGAUUGUUUCAUGUUCGCUUACCGAAACACACCUCACUCAAUCACUGGUAGAACACCUUCGGAACUAUUUUUGGGUUUUCAGCCUAGAACCAGAUUCACUCUGCUAAAACCAGAUUUCAAAAGCAACAUGGAGAGCAAGCAACAGAAAAUAAAAGAAUCCAGUGACCAACAUAGAGGAAAAUGGAGGUCGUUCACACUAGGACAGGAAGUCUGGGUCAAAAGUAUCCGUAACGAAGAAACAAGAUGGAUGCCGGGAGUUAUUAUCAAGUGUAUCAGUCCUGUGACUUACAUUGUUAGCGUAAGGGGACAGAAACGGUUUGUACAUGCCGAUCAUUUGAAAGAGUUGGAAGGUGAAUUGCCCAUUAUGAGAAGAGAAGAACCAGAAAUCACUCCUCCACGACCCUUACCAGUGCUAUCACCAAGCAAAAGUCUGGUCGAACCUCCUAUACAUGUUGAUCAAUCACAGAGUCCCACGAGAUCACCACCACCUCGGAAAUCUUUACCACCUCAGAAAUCUCCAUCACCUCGGAAAUCUCCAUUACCUAAAGGAAGUAUAACUCACGAACAAGAACCCCUGCGGAGGUCCAAAAGGAUGAUAACGGCCCCGCAGAAACUUAAUCUUUAG